AUGCAAAUCGUGUUUUCAAUUCUGAGCAUAGUGCUCUUCUGGGGCGACGUGUAUAUGACGAUGGAAGGACUGCAUGGCGUCCUCCACAACAAGCCCGUCUUGACGUACGACGUGCUCUCGGGUCUCGAGCGGCGCAAGCUCCUCAUGCUCUUCAUCACGCUCAACUCGAUGCCGUCCAUCUUGUACAUUGACGUCGCACGCAUCUACUAUGGCACCGAGUCAGGGCUCAAGGUGUGGGCGAUCGCCACGGUCUCGCUGAGCAUUCUCGCCGCGUUCUCGGGCUUUCUUCUCGUGACGCUGGUGCAGUACCUUCCGCCGCCUCGUUUUUUACGCCACCGCGUCGCGACGUUCUCCGCCCCCGUCUUUUUGUACGCGAGCAUUCUCAGCGUCGCGAUUGCAAUUAGUGACGAGAUGUUGACGCUCAACUUGAGCUUCAACAACGCGCCCGCGGGGCUCGCGUUCUUUGCGCGCGGCGUGUUUUGGCCGUCGGGGGCGUACACGCCCGACGGCGCGCCAGCUGCGAUCGGCCACUUGCUCCCCAUGAUGUGGCUGCCCGUGCUCGUGUCGCUCGUCGGCGCGAUUGUGUAUUCCAAGCUUAAGCGAAUUCUCGAAGGCCAUGUCGGCAUUGUCAACACCGAGUGGACGACCAAGAACACGUUUCUCAGCGCGACGACGGUGCCCCAUUGGAUCACGAGCAUGCCACUGGCGGCCCACCACGGCAUCAAGAUUGGCAACCGCACAUUUUGCAAACCUAGUACCCAAGUACUCUUUGGGUACGCCAGCGUCAUGCCUGUCGAGGCGAGCAAGAAGGUCCUCGUCGCGGGCUCUGUCGCUGCCGCCGAGCCCGACGCUGACUUGAUUAGCAUCUACGAUCUCGGGUGGACGCUGGUCUUUGGCGCUUGGUUGCCGUGGCACCCCAAGCGGUUCGGCACCAAUGUCAAAAAUAAGUUUCAAGCGCCCAGCGGUGACGCGCGCUUGCUGAAAACUCGACGGUAUAUCCAUACGCGUGGCGCCGCCAUCGAUUAGGCACAGCUUACACCAGCCAAGUUUCUUCAAUAAGUUUCUUCUGUACAGGUAUCAAC